AUGGCCGCCGCGGCCGACGAGCCGCCGGCUCUGGUGCCCCCGCACGGCAGCCCCCUCGGUCCGGCGGUGUUCCGGAUAGAGGCGCCGAGCCUGUUGGACACAGUCGCUUGGCUCACCAGCUGCGUCCAGGAGCAGCACAGCAGCCUCUGGAGCCUCGAGAGGACCGUGGCGGAGCUCAAGGCCGCGCAGCUGGCGGUCGUGGAGGGCGCCGCCGGAGGAUAUGCGGCAUCCGCGCCUGGCCAGUCACCGCCCUCGUCGGCCCCACAGGAGGUCGCGAUGGCGGCCGCCCCUUUGGAGCAGAGCGCGCCAGUGAUGCAGCAGAGUGCCCCGAUGCAGCAGAGUGCCCCAGAGCAGCAGAGUGCCCCGAUGCAGCAGGCCGUGCAGCAGGCCGUGCAGCAGGUGGCACCGGUGCUGCAGCAGAGCGCCCCCGUCCAGGAGAGCGCCUCGCCGGCCGGCGGCGGCGGGGGCGAGGGGGCGCCGCAGGGUCUGCCGCAGGAGGACACGUACUUGCCCAGCUCUGACCUGGCUGCUGUGGUGCGCGCCCUGGAGAGGGAUGCUGCGGCAGCCAAGCGUUCGCAGCAGUGCUUUGACGAGUUCAUGAAGAGCCAGACGGAGGCGGAGGCUGCGACGAGGUCGCAGCUGGACAAGCUUGCUCUGAGCGUCGAGAAGAGCGACAGCCGGGUGGACCAGUUGCUGUCACAGAUGCAGGAGUUCACCGCGGCCGCCGUAGGCGAGCUCAACAGACAGCUGAAAGGCGAUUUGGCUCAGAUGUCAGAGACACUCGAGUCCACCCUGGGUGUCUCGAUGGAAAAGUUCAAAACCAACCUCGAGUCCUCCAAAGAUGCCGGCAUCGAUUUGUCAGCUGCUGCCUCGGCAAGUUUCGAAAUGCCCGAUUCCAGCGAGAAGGUCACGUCCCCAAAGUUGGAGAUGGCCCAGGCCCAGGACGACAUAGUGGCCUUGCGCGAGGAGCUAGAGGCGCUCAAGGAGUCGCUCCGCGAGCCCAGCACGCACUUCCCAGGCGGCCUUGGGGGCGAGGCGGGGCCUGGGCAGACGCAAGGCGGCGCUGGCGGCGAGGCCAGUGCUGAUGGCGGCGCUGGUCAGACGCAAGGCGGCGCUGGCGACGUGGUGGAGCUGAUGCUCGGGCCUGCAAGGCCGCGCUCGCAGAGGCAGGGCCCACCGCAGCCAGAGAAGACCCCGCCGCUGAGCUACAUCCCGCGGCUGGAGGCGCUCGAGAUGGCGUACACCGAGCUGCACUCUGCCCUCGGCCUCGCGUACCCCUCCCUCGCGGCCACGCUGGCAGAUGCAGGCCGCCUGCCUGGCGCGGCACUCGGUGGCGGCGCCCCCGCGGGCGCGGGGACCGCGGCCACGCUGGCAGAUGCGGGCCGCCUAUGCGGGCCGCCUGCCUAA